AUUUCUAUUCUCUAAAUUUUAAUUGCCUUCUCGGAGCGCCCAACGAGCACAUUCUGACUUCUGAGGAAGAAAGCAACACAACUCGACUCUCUCAGUUUCCAAUCCCACCGGCCACCGCGACGGCGCCACCCUGUAACCGCUAAUUCACCUUGGGAAGGAUCUUAAUUGCACCAUUUUGGGAAAGAGAUUGCUGCUUGAGAUCCAAGAGUAUGUUCUCCUGUUACUUAUUUUUUACUUUGCUCCACUCUGUUCAUGGUUAUUUUGUUAUAUUGGUAAAAACAUGAUGCAAUUCAAAUUCAUUACAACUUAUUGGCUUGGGCAAAGAACUUUUUUGAAACACAAGCUAAGCCCAAACAUUGUCUUUUUGAGUUUUCAAAAAAGGAUGUCCUUACAAAUUGCCACCCCCCAUUGAUUAUCUUACUUGUUUACUUACAUUGCCACAUAAAUAUAUAUUGGAGCUUUGAAGCGAAACGAAUUAAACCUCCAUCAAUCAUGAAACAAGAUGUUGCACAAGAUAACACCAACUCAUAUCCAAAGAAAUCAAUCCCCCCCUACAUGAAGGCAAUCUCUGGCUCGCUUGGAGGGAUUGUGGAGGCUUCUUGCCUGCAACCUAUUGAUGUGAUCAAGACCAGAUUGCAGCUUGAUCGGUCAGGGAAUUACAAGGGAAUAGUCCAUUGUGGUGCCACAAUAUCACAAACAGAAGGGGUGAGGGCUUUAUGGAAGGGGUUGACACCUUUCGCCACACAUUUGACCUUGAAGUAUGCACUUAGAAUGGGUUCAAAUGCAUUAUUUCAAUCAAUGUUUAAGGACCCUGAGACUGGCAAGCUUAGCAGUCAUGGGCGUCUCCUUUCUGGGUUUGGUGCUGGGGUGGUCGAGGCUGUUCUUAUUGUCACGCCAUUUGAGGUGGUGAAAAUAAAAUUGCAGCAGCAGAGAGGUCUAAGCCAUGAGCUUUUGAAAUAUAAAGGUCCUGUGCAUUGUGCUCGAAUGAUUGUAAAGGAAGAAGGACUUCGUGGGCUUUGGGCAGGAGUUACUCCUACGAUAAUGCGUAAUGGGACAAAUCAAUCUGCCAUGUUUACUGCCAAAAAUGCUUUUGACGUGCUUUUAUGGAAGAAACAUGAAGGAGAUGGGAAAGUCCUCCAACCAUGGCAGUCUAUGAUUUCUGGAUUCCUUGCAGGUACCGCAGGUCCUAUUUGUACUGGUCCCUUUGAUGUAGUGAAAACAAGGCUGAUGGCUCAGAACCGAGUGGGGGGUGAACUGAAGUAUAAGGGUAUGAUCCAUGCCAUCAGAACAAUAUAUUCAGAAGAAGGACUUGUUGCCUUAUGGAAAGGUCUGUUGCCUCGGCUCAUGAGGAUCCCUCCUGGACAGGCCAUUAUGUGGGCUGUGUCUGAUCAAGUAAUUGGUUUGUAUGAGAGGAGAUAUCUUCAAAUUUCAGCACCCUAGGUUUUUUUUGUCCUAACAUUGUUUUGGCUUGCCCCAGAAACCAAUUCAUUCCAAGCUGUGGCGGAGCCACUUGGUUAGGUACCAGCUGAUUUUCAAAAGAUGCUAUAUAUUUUCUUUAAAAAUUAUGGUAUAGUCUUGAUAUUAGUUAAGUUUUUAAAAAUAAUAUAACAUUGGUAUUAAUUGGAUUUUACUAGUUGGG